UUGGCUGCUGCUGUUUGUCGUCGAGCUGGCAGCAAACGUCUCUGAGGGUGAGGAGCUACUCCACGACAGCAGGUUAGUGGCAUACCUGGCCAGCGUUGGGUUCGCUGCAGUGACCUGCAUACUGCUGCUGAUCUUGUGCGCGCGAAGCGCCACAAGGGCAUCCUAUCAGUCAGUCAUCCCCGCGAAGGAUGACCGGAUUUCGGGGAAUGACCGGCUGCCACUGCUGUGGCACUACCUGAUCCAUGGCACCCUGGUGGCGGCGACAAUUUGCUGGAUUGCAAUCCAUUCUGCCAUGCUCCAACACCAGCAGGUCUGGCGUGGUGUGAUUACUCUUUACAGCCUUCUAAGCCUCUCUCUCCUCUGCUACACUCCGCGGCCGCAGCCCACAGAAGCCUGGGACCCUUCUCCAGUCUCGCUGGGAAUUCUUGGGCAUACAGCCCUGCAGCAGAAGGGCGGCAAGGCCGCUGCCUCCCCGAAGAGUGGGACCCGCAGGGCGCCAGGAGUUGAACAUCUUGAGCGAUGGAAGCCUCUCUUCCAGGACCCAACAUUCUGUGGCGAAGCGCCGGACAUCAGUGCGGUUCGACGGUGUGCUUCUUUGCCAAGGUACGCGAGGGACAAGCGGCGCAGCUUCGUCUUCGAAGAGCAAGCGGAGGCAGUGCUGUCUCCGGUCUCUCCAUCACAGGGAUGGACUCUUCCAACAACCUACCAAAAGAAUCUGAACAAGCUCAGGGGGCUCGCAGCGCGGCGCCUUUCCGAUGGCUCCGAGCAUGGAUCCUGGGCACGGCGGAGCUCCUUCGCUUCAUCGGACCAGGGCAGCGUGAGCAACCCGGUGAGCCCCACGCACCCGCUUCGUCAGGUGAGAACGCAGAGCCAGGUUAGCGCGAGCAGCGGCGGGUUCAGCGACGUAUCGGAUGUGGGGGGCGGCUCGCCCUUAUCUCCCACGCUGGCAUUGUACCGGACUUCAAGCAAGGAGUCGCGGCGAGCCAGCAAGGACCGCCGGGACAGCAGAAAUAGCGCUCACAGCGACAGUGCCAUGUCUGACAUUUCCGAUGCGCCGGCGCUUCACACGAUGGACCAUACGCAGGUGUGUGCGCUGGCAUCCGUGGACGAGGAGGAUGACCGGCAGGUCGAGAUAUCUCCUCGAGGGGAACCGCCGCAGCUCGCGGUACCUGCUACGGCUGCUACGUCUUCAUCGGCGAUGCCGAGACCGGAGGGCGAGGCCCUUGUGGACGAGGACCUCGGUGAUCUGGCAG